AUGGCGAUCUUCGUCCUGGUUGCUCUCUCCGCCACCCACAUGGCGUUCUCCCUCCGCCCCGGCGCCGGCCUCGGCGUGUGCCGCGCCAGCGGCUACCUCCCCGGCCGGUCCGGCAACUGCGAGAAGAGCAACGACCCGGACUGCUGCGAGGACGGCAAGAAGUACCCGCAGUACCGCUGCUCGCCGCCGGUGACGGCGAGCACCAAGGCCGUGCUGACGCUCAACAGCUUCGAGAAGGGCAAGGACGGCGGCGGCCCGUCGGAGUGCGACAACGCGUACCACAGCGACGAGGAGAAGGUGGUGGCGCUCUCCACGGGGUGGUUCAGCAACAUGGCGCGCUGCGGGCACCGCAUCAGGAUCAGCGCCAACGGCAACUCCGUGUACGCCAAGGUGGUAGACGAGUGCGACUCCGUCCACGGCUGCGACGACGAGCACAACUUCGAGCCGCCCUGCGACAACAACAUCGUCGACGCCUCGCCGGCGGUCUGGGACGCCCUGGGGCUCGACCAGAGCCUCGGCAUGGUGGACAUCACAUGGUCCGAGGAAGGAUACAUGUCUUGGGUGGCGCUCUCCACGGGGUGGUUCAGCAACAUGGCGCACUGCGGGCACCACAUCAAGAUCAGUGCCAACGGCAACUCCGUGUACACCAAGGUGGUAGACGAGUGCGACUCUGUCCACGGCUGCGACGACGAGCACAACUUCGAGCCGCCCUGUGACAACAACAUCGUCGACGCCUCGCUGGUGGUCUGGGACGCCCUGGGGCUCGACCAGAGCCUCGGCAUGGUGGACAUCACAUGGUUCGAGGAGUGA